GGCCGCGACGCCAUCUGCCGCGGUAGACGCUGUUGCGAAGCAGGCACCGCCUGGCCCUCACCAUGUCGCAUGUCCACUACAAGUUCUUCUCCAAGCUGAACUAUGAAACGGUCACCUUCCACGGCCCCCACAUCUCCCUGUGCGACCUCAAGCGCCAGAUCAUGGGCCGCGAGAAGCUGAAGGCGGCCAACUGUGACCUGCAGGUCACCAACGCCCAGACCAAAGAAGGUGCGUGGAGGUGGCGGGCACGGGGUCUCGGGGACCGCCCGGCUGGCGGCGUCGCAGACCGCCCCGUGGCAGCUGUGUCCUGCGGGGGCCGCGCCCUGCUCUUUGUGGGUCAUCCCCACGUAGCGUGA